AUGUUUGUCACUGUGAUGUUUGGAGGCAGGGAGGGGUGCUGGGAGGACCAGCAGAGGGUCCCCAGGCAGAGAUACCAGCCCUGCCCUGACUCCCUCUGUGCCCUCCCAGUGACCAUUGCUCUCCUGGCUGAGGAUGGGCACCUGGUGAACCUGGGUGAGGGACUGGAGGAGGGCCCUUCCCCAGUGCCCUCCCUGGCCAGCAUCCUGCUGCAGGAGCGUGGGACCUAUGUCCUGGUGCAGAUCAUCAAGGGAGAGGCAGGGGCCCCUACCCGUUAUGAGUCCCUCCUGGAGAACCUGGAUGACUGGUGUCCAGAGCUGGCAGUGGAGCUGCGCUGGCUGUCAGGCCUGCCCCCUGUGGGUGAUGGCUGGAGGAGGCGUGCGGGCACUCAGCGCAGCCACCAGGAGCAAGGACCUCCAUCAAGACCCCGAAGGGUGGGCUCUCUGCAGUCCAGGACCCACUAGCUGGGGCUGGGAGCCAGGUAAGGAGACACAAACCCCUGGGAGGCUGCUCACACCCAGAAGUGGGACCUCUUUCCAGGACACAGAUGUGUCUGCUGAGAGAUGGACCCCAAUGCCAACCUCCCUCAGAGAG